AUGGGGGCGGUGCCCUCAGCGGCGGCGGAGCGCUUUGCCAAAGGCAUCCCUGAACAGCUGGACUGGAGGAUGCUCAUGAAGCUUGUCUUUCAGCCCAGCCAUCAGGCGGUUCUCCUCUACACCUCAGAGGAGCUGAUGCCAGGCGAGAUGCCUCGGAAGCAGGUGCUGAAGCUGGAAAGCCACGGUGCAGAUGAGGCACUACCGCUUAAUGGUGGCUUGGGCACUGUGGGCCUCGUCUCCCAGAAGGGGAACAAGAUGCAGCCGAACCAGGACUGCGGGUUUUAUUUCCACUUCCUCGACGGGGAUGGCUCCAAGAUCUGGUGCGCCUGUGUGCUGGAUGGCCAUGGCCCGCUGGGCCACGAGAUGUCGAGCCUGGCGAUGCAGUGGCUGCCUCUGCUGAUCCUCCGGGAGCCUUCCCUGGCCUCGGAGCCUGGGAAGCUCAUCCCCGCGGACCCCCAGACGCUGUUCCUGGCCAUCCAGGCAUCUUUCCGCAAGAUCGGAGAUUUGAUGCAGAAGGCCUCGGACACGGGGUGGGGGCCGCGGGGCUACAGCGGCGCCACCUGCACCCUGGCCUUCUGCGCGCGGGGGCUGCUGCACUGCGCCAACGUGGGGGACAGCCGGAUGGUGCUGGGCACCUUCGCGGAGGACCAGGUAGACUGUCGAGUGCUGACGCGGGACCACAAGCCAGAGGACCCAGAGGAGCGCCUCCGGAUUGAGGCCCACGGGGGCAUCGUGGCGCGGCAGCGCGUCUACCUGGACGAGUGGCCCUACGUGGGCCUCAACAUGUCCCGAAGCCUCGGGGACGCCAAGCUGCAUGCGGUGGGAGUUUCUGAUGUCCCGGAUGUUAGCACCGUGUUCCUCGCGCAGAGCGUGGGGGAUGCACAGCGCCAGUUUCUGGUCGUCGCCUCGGAUGGCGUUUGGGACUUUACCAGCACCAAGGAGGUGGCAGACUUGGUGGGCGCCACUUUGCACGGCGAAGACCCGCAGAGCGCGGCGGAGCUGUUGGUCACCCGGGCACAAGCGGGGUGGCAGGCGGAGAGCGAGGAGCUGGAUGACAUCACCGCCAUCAUUGUGUCCAUCGGCCCAGAGUCGGAUGUUCUACGGCAGCUGAGCCCACAUGGCCCCAUCAUGAGCCGGGUGGGCGCUGCCCCGCUGUGGCCAUCGGCCCAGCUGUCGGAUGCUGAGCUGGGCCGUGAGGAUGCGGUGCACGCGUUGACCGUGCGCCCCCCCGAGCACCUGAAGCCGGGCCAGGUCUUUGAAACCUCUGCUGGUGGGCUGCGGUUCCUGGUGAGACUCCCAAGCUCCUGGGCGGGGGAGCCAGUCACGGCCUAUUACCAGGUGGACUCUCGCGGAGCUUGGCCGGCCUUUGAUCCCUCACUGGAGAAGAUGCCAUUUUGCACGGUCUCCUGCUGCUUUUCAAGCGGCGUGGUGAUGGGCGCGUUGAUUCUGGCCACGCUUUUCUGCGUGCUGCCCUACGUGCUUUUUCCUGCAGUCGGCUUGGUCCUGCUGAGCAUUAUUCCCAUCGUCGUCUUUGGGUGCUUUGCUUACUUCCUCUUUCAGAACUCCGUGCGGAUCUUGCAGAUGGUAAUCUCCUUCUUUGAGGCUAUCGCAUGGUUUAUCCCACUGGUCGGGGUGAUCCUGAUCAUCUACUUUCCUGUCGGAUGGGAUGACUGGCUACCUGCCUGCGAUGAGACCACCAACGCAACGGAUGCUGUGCAAUGGGAUUGUCUCGGCAAGAAGGCGAUCCAGGCAUACCUGAUGACCUCUUUCCUAGAGGAGCUUCUGAAGUUCCUUUGCGUGCGGCGCUUGCUGUGGCAGCCCUUUGUGUGCGAUGCCUGGGCCCUCUGCUGCUACGGGGGCUGCGCCGGUCUCGGCUUCGCAGCCGUGGAGAACGCGAUUUAUGUUGGCACCGGCGGCCUGGUGACGGCACUGCUGCGUGCAGGCACCGCCGUGCCCAAUCACUUAAUGUACGGCUUGAUGCAUGGCGCCUUUUUAUCUCAGCUGCGCUUUGCACAGCAGCCGCGGUGCACGUAUCUUCUAACGCCCUUUCUGCCAAUGCUCCUGCACGGGAGCCACAACUUCUCGAUCGCUGUGCUUCAGUUCUUGGACCCCUGGGCCGGGCUGAGCCUUAUGGUUCUGGUGGCCAUGGUGGCCAUGCUCACCUUACGCUGGGCCAUCCAGGGCAUCGACUCACCCGUUGUAAACGUGCACGAACUGAUCGAGAUGAAGGUGGUUGAGGCGCCAUACUGCUGCCUGUGCUGCCAAGGCACCUGCGGCUGGGCGCUGGCUUUUCCGCCCAGUGCCCCUUUGUCCUCGCAGCCGGGCGGGCAGCUGGUGCCUCUGGGCGAGCCCGUGCGGGUGCGAGGCGUUGGCGCGGGCACCUUCGAAGCCGAGACCAGCGAGGUGUCUGCCAUGGCCUCCGCAGAGAUGGGAGGGAAGGUCUACUUCGAGUCCGUGGUGGGCCCAUGCACGCAGAAUGCGCGCAUAGGCGUGCGGUCUGCAAUGAGCGAAGGCACUCCUGGAGGCGAUGAGCUGAGCUGGGCGUGGGGUCGAGAAGGGCUUUGGCACAAGGGCGAGCUGAUUCAAGCGAGGACAUCAUGGGGCGGGAGCCCGGAGCCUCUCACCAUCGGCUGCCUGGUGGACAUGGAUGACGGCUUCCUCCACUUCCGUGACCCAAACUGGGCCUUUGCGCCAGUGCCACUGCCGGCGGGGCCCAAGACAGCGGUCUGGUCCUUUGCGGGGAAGCUCGGGGUCCGUCUUGCUGGCCGCUUUGCAGAGGAGCCACCCACGGGCUAUGGAGCCCUAAAGGCUGCCGCAUGCAGUGGACAAGUCGUGGGCAUUUUGCUGUCUGACAACCAAGAGGAGUAA